AUGGACGUGAUAAUAGAAGAAGAUGCUUUGCGGGAAGAUGUAAGCAGCUUGGAUGAAGAGGGGGAGUGUCUAUGCACCCCAAAUGAAAGCACCACGUCGACUGCUAGGAGCGAAGCCACGCUCGAGGAAAUCCGGCGACUUUUUGAGGAACAUCGCUACGUUGGAGAAGAGUCUUCCUUCUACCAGCCAACUGACCUCGAUCGCGUCACAGUUAAAUUCAUGAUGGAAACUGGGGCUUGCUUCGUCGAGGAAUUCUGGCCUAUAACUACUAUCUCUAAAGUAAAGGAAGUUUUAUCAGAGGCGUUUGAAAUUCCAACUUGCGUGAUUGUUCUGACAUUGAAUGGAGAGAUGCUGUCGGAUGAGUCCUCGCUACAGUCACUGGGACUCAGUACUUCCCAAAUUGCUAUCAUGGAAAUUACUUCAGCGGAUCCCUUUUACCCAAUACUACUGAGCAACGUUCCAGAGAAAAUGAGAAACAAGCGCAUCAUUAGAGUUAGAGUCCAGGUGGAAUACGGGGAAUUCAAAGAGGUGAGAGUAAUAAUUGUCUGGAAGCUUGCAAAGAAACCGUUCCUCGGUGGUUUUCGGCAUAAGGAAACCGCUGUCGAAUACCACCACGCUUUCUCUCAGACACAACCUUUUCCGCAAAAGCCGUACAAGCAGAAGAACGACCGCGACACUCAGACAGCUUGGUGGCGAGAUGAGCAGCAGAUGACAGUGUGUGACAGGGCGACGCAGAACUAUCGCAGGGAUUACUACAUCCCUUGGAAAGGCGACGUUAUCAAGACGGCGAAGGAGUACGUGACGGCGGAGGAGCAGGAAAGGCGCCGAGACCUGGAGCGCAAGGUGCGCGUCAUCCAGAGGUACGUGCGCGCGUGGCUUAUCAGGAGGAUGAUCAGACGGGCCAGCGAGGAACAGCGCCGGCGCGUCGCCAGGGAGGCCGAGCAGGAGAGGCUGCGGAUCGAGGCCAGGGAGACCAGGAUCAAGGCGGACAUCGUUAAGAGCACCUUCCCGCGCAGGCGCGCCGACUUCGAGAUGCUGUACUCCGCGGUGGAGCAGUGGCGGUCCGCGGAGGUCGACCGCAUCCAACGGUCGCAAAAGGCCCAGGCCACCAAGUGCGCCGAGUACGCGCAGGUGCUCGAGAAGGAGGUGAAGAACCUGUUCGAGAUCGAGAAACAGAGGCUGUCCGUGAAGCAGGAGAGGCUGCGCAGAAAGGAGCUGGAAGUGAUCGACAGGUGCGCCGAGCCCAUCACCUGGACCGGCUACAAGGGGAUGAAGGUGUCGAUGGACACGUUGCGCAACCAGAGGGCGAGGGAGCUGAGGGAGCUGUACUCGGCGCUGUGCCGCGAGGAGGCGCCGCUGGAGAGCCGCGUCGACCUGCUGAUGGCCGUCAAGGACGCGCUGGUGGUGCACCGCGAGCCGCCGCUGGUCGACGACAUCAUCGAGCUGGUAGACCGCGAGUGCGACUUGCUGGUGCGCGGCCUGAACACCGACCAGCUGGAGGCGCUGAGGGCGCGCCUGCGCAGCCUCUUCCUGCAGCUCAUGAAGACGCCAGAGUUCAACCCGGAGGUGGCCAAGUACUCGCUCGAGUACAGCUACAAGGGUCUGGAGUUCUCGCUCUCCCUGUGCGUGCGCUGCCAGAACUUGCUGCCGCGGGAGAAGUUCCUGCCUGGGAAUCGCGACGAGCAGCUACAGUUCUGCAGGUCGUGCCGAUGGUUGGAGAAAGCGUCGCUUUCGAGGACGGACCUCACUCCGUACAGCUUCAUGCUGCGGGCCUUGCGGAGAGAUGAGAAACGUCGCCGCUGUUUCUCUUCUGUGGCCUUCAUCAUGCAGGAGGACGACUUCCACUACCUGGUGACGAACAUCUGGCACGCGCGGUCCAUCCUCAGUGAGAACAAGAUCGUGCGCGACCUGCGGAUGUCUCGCUGGGACGUGGGCAAAGACUGGGCGCCCUGGAACUGUGUCCUGCUCACAGACGCGGAAGCCCGCGCCCACGUGCGCGUCACAAGCCACAAGGUGUACGAGCCGGGCUUCGUGGAGGACGUGCGGGUGCGCCACCUGCUGGCCAGGCAGCGCUUCCGGAACCUGGCGGAGGCCGAGCGCCGCUUCCGGCACAGCGGGGCGUGGGAGAAGGUGCAGGACGAUGUCGUCUACUGCCCUCCCACACUGGAGGCCGAUGCCUUCCAGCCCUAG